UUGAAUACAAUUCUUGCAUAUUCCUUUUCUAAACUUAACUUUCCAUAUAUAUAUAUAUAUUUAUGUUUUCGUGCUGUGUGCAACCACAUGUUGUGUUUCUUCUUUCUCUGUGUUCAUGGUAUUUAAAAAAAAAAAUCUUCCAUCUUUUCCACUCCUUCACCCUCUGAUUAACGACACGCGUCAUCGACAAGGAAAACGAAAGGGGAGAAAGAUUAGAUUUUCUUGCACUUUCUCAGGAAUCAAACAGCACCUUGUACUCUUCUUUUCACCACCCCAACACAAAAGUUCGCAUUUUUUAAAACUCAAACUGUCUGAAUCAUUAAAUCUUUCCAACCCCACUUUUUCUAUUUUCCUUUUUUUUUUCUUCACAUUACAUGAUUGUUUGUCUGGCUUAAGAUCAGCAAAACCAUGACCGUUAAUUCGGGCGACCGGAAAGAAAUCAUCUUGAAGAUUGAUGACAGAAGCAAUGACGGUGGUACUCCUGUUUCCGGCGGAGCAGUCACCGCCGCCGAUGGAGGUAAGAUUUGGAGAGAGUCUAGCUAUGAUUUUUGGAACGACAAUGAGAAAAUCGAAGGGAACUGGAAUGAAGCGAAUGUGAAUAUGAAUGGUGCUGGCAGUAGUGGUAAUAAUAGUAAUAGGGAAAGUGAAGGCUUUGAUUUCAUGCCAAGCAAACAGGCAGCCACCGAAGAUCCACCAUCGAAGUUAAUCGGUCAGUUUUUGCAUAAACAAAAAGCUUCAGGUGAGUUCUCAUUGGAUAUGGAUUUGGAAAUGGAAGAACUUCAACAAGAACCACCUCAUCACGGCGGUAUUCUGCCUACAGUUGCCGAAUCACCAUCAACGGCACCGUCGCCUUCGGCGGCUGCUUUUCCCAGGGUGUCUUUUGAAAACAACCCUGUAAGAAGAAGACCAAGUAAAGGCUCACCAUCUCCAAGAAAAGAAGAGAGUGAUGGGGUUGUAAAGUGUAGCUCAAACUCUUCUUCUAAAAGAAGUGAAGGUCGUUCUUUUCAAAGGAAAUCAAGCUUGUUAAUAACCAAAACAAAGUCCAGGUUGAUGGAUCCUCCCACACCGGAAAAAGGGGAGCCAAAGUCAGCCAAAUCUGGAGCAGGGAAGUCAAGACAGAUAAUGAGAUCUGGGGUUCUAGGGAAAAGCAUGGAGGAAGAAGAGGAUGAUCCAUUGCUUGAAGAAGAUUUGCCUGAUGAGUACAAGAAAAAUAAGUUAAGUGUUUUGGUUUUGCUUGAAUGGUUAAGUUUGAUUUUGAUAAUUGCUGGUUUAGUUUGUAGUCUUACAAUUCCUUAUUUAAGGAAGAAAAGUUUAUGGAGCCUUAUGUUGUGGAAAUGGGAAGUUUUGGUAUUGGUUUUGAUAUGUGGUAGGUUGGUUUCAGGGUGGAUUAUAAGGAUAAUUGUGUUUUUUAUAGAGAGGAAUUUUCUUUUGAGGAAAAGGGUAUUGUAUUUUGUUUAUGGAGUGAGGAAACCGGUUAGAAAUUGCUUGUGGUUAGGGUUGGUUUUGAUUGCUUGGCAUUACUUGUUUGAUAAGAAAGUUCAAAAGGAAACAAAGAGUAAAUUCCUUGGAUAUGUGACUAAAAUUUUGGUUUGUCUAUUGGUUGGUGUAUUGUUGUGGCUGGUGAAGACCCUUUUGGUCAAGGUAUUAGCAUCAUCUUUCCAUGUGAGCACUUUUUUUGAUCGAAUCCAGGAUUCCUUGUUCAAUCAGUAUGUGAUCGAGACACUUUCGGGUCCUCCUUUGAUCGAGAUUCAAAGGGCGGAGGAGGAAGAAGAGAAGAUUGCGAAUGAAGUUAUGAACUUACAGAAAGCUGGUGCUACCAUUCCCCCUGGUCUCAAAACAUCCACUGUUUCAUCACCCUAUUCCGGGAAACAGACAGGGAGUGGACGAAUCCAGAAAACUCCUCGAGGAAAAAGCCCUCUGCUUUCCCCUGCCUUUUCAGCAGGAAAGGGAGAGAAGGAUGAUAAGGGGAUUACAAUUGAUCACUUGCACAAACUGAAUACUAAAAAUGUCUCUGCUUGGAACAUGAAAAGGUUAGUGCACAUAAUCCGCCAUGGAGCUCUUUCCACUUUAGAUGAGCAGAUCCAUGAUUCAGCUUUCGAAGACGAGUCUGCGAAUCAAAUUAGAAACGAAUACGAGGCAAAAGCUGCAGCAAGGAAAAUCUUCGAGAAUGUUGCUAAGCCGGGAUCCAGAUUCAUCUACUUGGAGGACAUUGAACGUUUUCUGCAAGAAGAUGAGGCCUUGAAGACUAUGAGCCUCUUUGAAGAAGCAUCUGAAAGCAAGAGAAUUAGCAAGAAAGCCCUCAAGAAUUGGGUGGUCAACGCAUUUAGAGAACGAAGGGCACUUGCCUUGACACUGAAUGAUACCAAAACAGCUGUAAACAAGCUUCAUCGGAUGGUAAACGUUUUGGUCGGCAUCAUCAUACUGGUUAUAUGGCUCCUCAUACUCGAAAUCGCCUCCAGCAAAGUCCUUGUUUUCAUUAGCUCUCAACUGCUUCUAGUUGCAUUCAUAUUUGGAAACACCUGCAAGACGAUAUUCGAAGCUAUUAUAUUCUUGUUCGUUAUGCACCCGUUUGAUGUGGGUGACCGGUGUGAUAUCGAUGGAAUUCAGAUGAUCGUGGAGGAAAUGAACAUCUUGACUACUGUUUUCCUAAGAUAUGAUAACCAGAAGAUCAUAAUCCCCAACAGCGUCCUGGCUACUAAGGCCAUACAUAACUAUUACCGUAGCCCUGACAUGUUAGAGAUAGUUGAAUUCUGUAUCCAUGUGAAAACUCCUGCUGAAAAGAUCGGUCUCAUGAAGCAGAGGAUAAUGAGCUACAUUGAGCACAAGAGUGACCACUGGUAUCAAGAUACGAUGAUUAUAUUCAAGGAGCUUGAAGAGUUGAAUCGAGUAAGGAUAGCAAUAUGGGUGACACAUAGAAUGAACCACCAAGACAUGGGAGAGAGGUAUAUAAGAAGGGCUCUCUUGAUCGAAGAGCUAGUUAAGAUUUUCAACGAUUUGGAUAUUAAAUACCGUCUGUACCCCAUCAACAUCAACGUCUGUAGCAUGCCCCCCGCAACAUCGGACCGACUUCCUCCGAAUUGGAGUGGACCUGCCAGCUGAACAAAGUCUUUUUGGUAUUGGAUAUGGUUUAGGCUACAGGGAGAGGAUGUUUUCAAUUAGAUGAUUAGAUGCCAAAUUAGUUAUAUAUAGAUAAUUUGGAUCCUUUUGGAAGAUUGAACAAAGUCUGAUUUGCUGGAUGAGUCUUAAUGCUCAUGUUUUCUUUUCUGACUUAAAUUGCUGUUGUUGAACCCGGUUUAGUCUUGUUGCAUGUCUAUAUAUAUAAAGAUAUAUUGGUUUUAUUUUUUCUUAUGAUUGGGAGUCUGGGAGAGAAGAAAGGAAGAAAAAAGAACAUUAUGUGCUUAUCUUCGUUUAUACAUUAUUAUAUAUUAAUAAUUUAAUUUAUAUGUAUCUUAUCAUAUUUAUAUUAUUAUUAUUAUUUUUGUUUU